UUCACGAGAGCUGUCACAUGAGCGCGCUAUCCAAUGAAGACCUCGCCAACACUCAGAGGAAGACGUUCAGACUCCGAGGAAGACCUGAGACCUGUUAGAUUCCUCCUGAAGUUUCUGAAGGACUGAACGGACCGCGUUACAUCACUGGAGCCGAACGGGAACGACGCUCGUCUGAAGCCGCUCACGCAUGCUGCACGCGCAGGUUCAUGCGUCUCUGACAGAAUCAGGCGAUUGAGUUGAUUGACAGGAGGAUGGACUUCACGGCAGAUGAAGAGCUGGAGGAACUGUGUCCGGUGUGCGGAGAUAAAGUGUCCGGCUAUCAUUACGGCCUUCUUACCUGCGAAAGUUGUAAGGGAUUUUUCAAGAGGACAGUUCAGAAUAACAAGAGAUACACGUGCACACAGAACCAGGACUGUGGCAUCGACAAAACCCAGAGGAAGAGAUGUCCCUUCUGCCGCUUCCAGAAGUGCCUCAGCGUCGGCAUGAGACUCGAGGCGGUCCGUGCAGAUCGAAUGAGAGGGGGAAGGAACAAGUUCGGCCCCAUGUACAAGCGCGACCGUGCCCUGAAACAGCAGAAGAGAGCUUUAAUCAGAGCCAGCGGCUUUAAGAUAGAGUCCAACACAACCCUCCUGUCCACCAGCCAGACGGAGUACCCUCUUCCCGGAUCUCUGUCGGGCCUCCACCCCCCUUCUCUCUCCUCUCCCGAGUACGACUGCCCUCCGUUCUGCCCUCCGGCCCUGGGUGUAGCGCUGCAGAGCUACGGCUCCUUCCCGGCUCAGUACCAGUACACCGCUCCCUCUUUACCGAGCAGAUCGAUCAAGGCAGAAUACCCAGAUGCGUACUCCAGUUCACCAGACUCCUCUCUAGGCUACCCGUACCCUGACGGCUGCAUGCCCGCGUCCCCACACUCCAGCCCCAUGAACCCCGGGAUGCCCCCGCUGGUGCUGGAGCUGGUCAGCUGCGAUCCGGAUGAGGAGCAGGUGAGAGGGAAGAUCUGUGCGUACCUUCACCAGGAGCAGAGCGGCAGGGGUAAACUGGAUAAACCGCGGCCCUUCAGCCUGCUGUGUGUCAUGGCGGAUCAGACAUUGUUCUCAAUUGUGGAGUGGGCAAGAAGCUGUGUCUUCUUCAAGGAACUAAAGGUGGGAGAUCAGAUGCGACUGCUGCAUAACUGCUGGAGCGAGCUGCUGCUUCUCGAUCAUAUCUGCAGACAGGUGCAUCAUGGGAGAGACAGCAGUCUGCUACUCAUUACAGGACAGGAGGUGGAUCUGUCCGCGGUGUCUGACGCGGGGCCGCCUCUGUCCAGUAUGGUGCAGAGAGGACAGGAGCUGGCCAGGAGACUGCAGCUGCUGCAGGUGGACAGAAGAGAGAUGGCCUGUCUGAAGUUCCUCAUCCUCUUCAACCCCAAUGUGAAGCUCCUGGAGAACCAGCAGUUUGUGGAGAGCAUCCAGGAGCAGGUGAACGGCGCUCUGAUGGAGUACACGCUCUACUCGUACCCUCAAUGUCUGGACCGCUUCGGUCAGCUCAUACUGCGGCUGCCUGAGGUGCGUUCGCUCAGCGCGCAGGCCGAGGACUAUCUGUGCUACAAGCACCUGUGCGGAGAGGUGCCGUGCAACAACCUGCUCAUAGAAAUGCUUCACGCCAAGAGGUCGACCGCGGUGUGAACCUGACAUUCGAACCAGAGUUUAAGCCAUAUGUGCAAGAUGGAUGGUGAACAGUUUUCCAAAGGCAAUUAUUUCAUACCUUACGUGAUGAAUGUACAGAUUUUAUUUCAUCUGUAUUCCUUUUUAAGCAUGACAAUCACUGAUGGAUACGGAGGUGUUUUUAUAUUUGCAUAGUGUUUCCUUCUUAGUGCUCUUAGUGUCUCGGCUAUAAAGGUAAUAAUUGCAGAGUUUAAUCUCUACAGAGUGCAACAGCUGGUUUUGGAAGCAUUUUUUCCAUUCAUUUCUGCCAUAGGGAUUUUUACUUUUUUUUUUUUUUUUUUUAAAAAGGUCUUUGUUUAAGCAUUAUAAGCCAUGAAGCAAGCAAACAUUGAUGUGAAGCAAAAAAGGACUUGAAAAUCAGACAAAAAGGCUUAACAGCUUUAGUGAGGGAAAAACUACAAUCCCAUGAAGCACUGCGAACACCAUAAUCAAAUUAAAACUGAUGAAGAAAUAUAGAACUUAUUUGAAAAUGUUAAUUAUAUAUAUAAAACAAUAUAUUUUAAGUUUAUUGCAAAAUAUGCAUAGGGUGAAAGCAGACAAAGUGGGCCUCUUUUUGUUAAACAUACUUUCUGAUCUUUUCUUUUCUUUAAUACUUUUAAGGUCCAGCUAUAAUAUUUCCAUUUCAAUACAGUUCAUAAUGUGUUAUUUGCAAGGUAUAUACCAAUAAACAUUUUAAGAUCAUGCACUCCAGACAAGUUUCUUUUCAGGUAAAAUGGGCCAUCCCUGAUUUAUCAGGAAAUGCAUUUCUGCAUUCUCUAUUCUGCAUCCUAAUUAGAAAUUUUAAAAAGACAUUGUUUAUUAACACAUACUUUUAAAAACAAUUCAAUUAUAUUCAACAAAUUUAUAUUUAAAAAAACAACAAAAAAAAUGUUCACUCAAUUCACAUAUAAAAUUCAAAACAACUGAGAACAUGUUGAGUUGAUAUUAAAUUUAAAUAUCAGAAUAUGAAUGAAAAUGAACUCUACAACAUAUUAAAAUGUGUCUAUAACACAUGCAACAACAAAUCGGCUAACAAAAUCCGUAAUAAGAGGAACAUUUAAAAUGUAAAACAAACACAUUUUUUUAAUUUUUUUUUUUUUUUUUUUUGCAUUUUAUUCCCUGUUAACUAUAGUAACAAACAAACUGUCACAAUAAUAUUCGUUUACAUUUAGGCUACAUUUACACGAAAACUAUGUACUAAAAACUGAAAAGGUUUUCUUUUGCUUUUUUCGCGUACAGACGACAACUUUGUCAAAGCGAUCCCUGUUCACAUGAAAAUUCACUGUAUUCUGCUGCCAAGCCAGAUGAUGGCGAUGUCACUUUGUAAAAAAAAAAAAAAAAAACUACGCACCUAUAGACUGAACACGUAAUACGCAUGAUGUCACUGUUUCACAAAUUCGCCCCCAAAAUGCUGUACAACGCAUACAAAGUUUUCCGUUUUUAUUUGAAAACCAUGUCGUGUAAACAGCCCCUUAGUGAGCAACCUUAUAAGUUAGAAAUGAAAUCUUAUGUCAAAGGGCUUUCUACGUUUCUCCAUGAGAUAGUCCUCCUUUGAGGUGUGGCCACGCCCACCAGUGUCAUAUUGCAUCAGCCAAAACUAUUUUAUCAUUUAAAGAAAUAGUGUCGCUUCAAUUAAAGGUGCAGUGUGUAAAUUUUAGGAGGAUCUAUUGACAGAAAUGCAAUAUAAUAUGCAUAACUAUGUUUUGAGUGGUCUAUAAAGACCUUACAUAAUGAAGCGUUAUGUUUUUAUUACCUUAGAAUGAGCCAUUUCUAUCUUGUUGUUCUUCUUCACGGGUCCCCGAACAUGUUAAGGCGCCAUUUUGUGCCAGCAUGUUUCUACAGUAGCCCUAAAUGGACAAUCUGCUCUACAGAGCACGUUUCAUCACUAUGUUGUUUUUGUUGUUCUUCGUUGGUGUUUUUAGAGGCAGCUUGCAUCAUCUCUACAUUGAAUACACACGAAGAAGAAGUAGUAGUAGUAGUAGUAGUAGUCGUCAUCUAGUUUAUUAGAAGCAGAGACUGUUCUUUGUUAGAAGUAAGAAGAAACCUCAUUGCUUGACUGUCUACUCUCUGCUGUCUCAGAUGACAACAUCUUUGUCCUGUGUCGGACACCGUAGCUUCUCUAUGUGCUUCGAAAGAGAGGGGUGAGCAGUAGACUGAGCAAUUCGCAACCUCACCGCUAGAUGCCGCUAAAAUUUACACACUGCACCUUUAAAUACCAUUGUUAUGCUUUGUAUGUGUAAACCCAUUGAGCACAGUACAAUCAAACUUAAACGGCCCACUUUACCUGCAUUCACACUAUAUAUACAAAUUUUUAAGUAUUUUUUAGAGCGUAGGAAGACUGACUGGAUUACAUCAUUCGCAGUGCUUCAUGGGAGUGGGCGGAGCUAAAUAACUUCUGAUCCGUUCUGCUGGUUUCGACUCUGAUAGGUGGAAUUUUCUGUACAGCAUCAUGGGUAAUGUAGUUUUCACCACAAAUUAUUUUUAAAAAAAAGUUGAAAUAAAGCAGGCUGAUGGCUUUAACCAAAGCAAAUUAUACCAUUAAUUACAAUUAACAAUCUCGUAGAUCACAGUAGGUCUGUCUUUAAGGUUAUUGUUAAAAAUCACUUUCCCUAUGGAGAAAAUGAAUGGACUUUUUUCUUCUGGAACUGACUGUUGUGCUCUAUAAUCUAAGAGCGAUAUUUAUGUAUUUAUGUUAUUUACCUUAUUGCUCCUGUGCUUUUAAAUGGAGGAUGAGUUUUGUACUUUUCUUGUUUGUCAAUUCAGUAGCUAUUUUAAAAAAACAUUCCAAAAGCGGCUGGUCAACAAGAGUCAAAUUAAACGAAAGAAGGUAUUUAUUGAGAAAAUGUAAUUAACAGUAUCAAUGAAAGUAUUUAAAGCACAUUUUUACAUAGAUUACACAUUUAUUUGUCUUUCCAUUUAACUGAAAAAUUUGGUCGCAAUAAAAUCCAAUAAAAAUA